UAAAAUAUUAAGCCAACUUCAUUUACCUCUAACUUCACUUUAAUGUCGUACUUCAUUUGGUAUCCAAGACUUAACUCCUACAAAUGUGUGUCAUUUUUAUAAGCGCCCCGGUUUGUUUUUAUUUAUAUUUUUUUUUUCUUAAUUAUCCUUAUCAAUAAACAACAGAGAUUUUAACUUUUCAUAAUUAUAUCAAACCCUUAUUUAAAUUAAAUCGCAGAUGGUAAUUGUAUCAUGCAAAAAAGUCUACCUCGUCAUGAGAUAACUAUAGAUACAUCUACGUCCGAUGAAGGUUAUUCUUACAGCCAAUCUGAUAUUGAUUUAUUAAAACCUCAAGUUCAUAAAUCAGUUGGUCAUUUAAAAAAAAAUUCACAUAAUAAAUUACUAAAAUCAAAAUUACAUACUGAGAAUCCUGAUCCUGAUAAAUUAAUUUCUAGUCCAAGUUUUUCAAAAAAAAAUCCUACGAAAAAUGAAAAUCAGGUAACUUUUGCAGAGGAAAAGGAUCUGAGUAAAAGUGGCAGUGGUACUGGUGACGGUAAUGGUUGUAAAAGUACGAACCCAAGUAGUGGUAAUAUCAUCAGAAGGUCCGAGUGGAAACUUGGAAAAGAAGAUAAAAACGGGACACCGCGGAUACUGAGAGUUCUAAGACGACAUAGUAGUAAAAGCGAUUCACAGGAUAAAUUCAAAGCCCGAGACAAAUCUCCAUCAGCGUGUCCGGGAGGAGAUAAAAGCAAAAGUAGUGUUGUUGUGCUUUAUCACGAAAAAGAGAAAGAACGAUCGAAUUUAUCUUCAAAACCAGCUAUAAAUUUUGUUAGAGUUUCUAAAUCGGAACAAACUACUGUCGCAGAACCUCUGCCAUCUCAAAGGCCAUCAACACGACCUGAAAUAUUUAGAAAGAAGGAAAGCACUGAUCCAUCACCAAAAUUAUCAUUAGCACGUCGACGACGAACUCAUCGACGUCCUGCAAUAAACUACGAACCACUGAAUGUUAACAUAAUCCAAGAGAUACCAAAAUGCCGGUUAUGUAAAUCAGAUUCAAAUGACCUGAAACAAAUGGCUGAACAUAAUCAUCAAAUUAAUCAGAAACACAAUCGUGAAUUAGACGAAAGUAAACGGACAUUUCCGUUUAAAUCAACCCCGAGCGGAAAUUUUAAAGUUAUUCCUAAUCAAGUGGUGUUCGAAACCAAUAAAGUUAGUGUGUUAGUCGCCGAUCCAAAACAUACUAAAGUUAACGUUAAAGCGGACCUCAAUAAAUCCGAAUCAGCGUUAGAAAAUUACUCAUCGUGUCAUAAAGAUUUCCAGCCAAUAAAACAACCACCCAAAGAUCUGCCACCGGGUGUAACAGCGUCAACGAUAAAUCAUUUGCAAGCCCAGAAAAAAUUACCUCAAAUUAGUACUGAGUAUAUUCCACGUACCCAACCGUACAAACCAAAACACCGAUAUUGCGAAAUGGAACCAGCUGGUACAAUUCAACAGUCUACUAUUAAUCGACAAGAUCUCAAUCAAGUUCCUCUUGCGUCCUUGGGAUUUACAACAGACCAACCUAUUGACUGGGAUAAUAUAACGUUACCAGAUAAAACCGAGCUGUAUAACGAAUUAUACAAUCGCAUUACCAAUUACAAAAAUGCGGAUUGCAUUGUUACAAUCGGACAUGAUGAGUUUCAUUGUCAUUUAUUGGUUUUACAGAGUUACAGUUCCUUUUUCGAUGAAAAAAAUUACAAAGAUAUUGAUCUUACUGAAAGCACUGUUACUUCAAAAGCAUUCUCUAUAAUAUAUGACUGGAUGAUAUGUGAAAGUAAUCAAAGUUGUCAAUUACUGAGACGUGAUAAUAUAUUAGAAAUAUUUAUGGCAGCACAAUUUCUAGGGAUUAAAGAAUUAGAAGAACAGUGCUGGGCAUUUAUCGAUAACAAUGAUUUAUUUUCUGAAGAUACAGCAUUUUUAUUGUACGUCGAAGCACGUAAGCUAGGGAACACGGCCGUUAUGGAAUUAAUGGUACCAAGAAUAAUGAAAUUUUUUUUACUUCUCGUGAGCACGAAAGAUUUUCUCGAACUUGAAGUUGAAGAACUUUGUCUUUUACUUCGUUCAAAUUACAUAUGUGUCAACAGCGAGAUGGAAGUCUUAAUGUCUGCAGUAAGAUGGUUAAUGCAUGACUGGGAUACUCGACGUCAGUAUAUCUUAGAUGUUCUCAAGUGUGUUCGUUUUGGUUUAAUUGCUCCUUGGCAAUUAGUUGACGUUAAACGUAAUCCUGAAAACCCGGAAUUUAUGGAGUUGAUGUCUAAUCCCGAAGUACAAAAAAUGGUGGACGAUGGUUUAGCGUUUGUGAUAAUAAAAUAUUGGUACGGUAACCAAACUGAGGAUUACUACCGGUGGAUUGAGCUUCUUGGUUUAACUGAACCAACAAACCGUAACUGGGCUGGCGAGGACAAGAAUUAUGUUACUUAUCGUGAGUUUCUACUUUACCUCGAAGAUUACCAGAGAAACAUGAUACUGGAAUUAAAGUCACGUGGAAGUAAUACUUCAUCAAGCACUAAUCAAAAGAUCGAAUGCUCAGAUGCAAGAACUUGGGUCAAUUAUAAUCAAAAUCAGGGCCCUGUUGAAAUUACUUCAAGUACAGGUCAAGUGAGCUGUACGGCAAACAUCGGGAACAGAUCUUGGAAAUUUCAAAAGACGCCACCACCACCACCGCCAACAUCGGGUCGGAUUAAUUCAAGACCACCGUUGGGAAUGCCACCGGAAAUUCUCAGCAAGUACUUGAGCGGUCUCAAUGGCAAUUAUACUAAACCGGAUACUCAAGCGAAGGAUAACGAAGAAGAAGAAGCAGAAGAAGGAGAAAGAAAAAUUUAUAAAACCGGCAAUGCAGCAGUAAACUUGGACAUUUGGCGCAAUGAUGAGGUCAAAAUGUCUCAAGUGAAUCACCAAGAACAUCAUACUAUUCAACAGUUACAAUCAAAUCCAUGUGAACCAAAUAUGUUAUCAUCGAAAACGUUUUUUUGUCCAAAGAUGUGUAAUCGCUUAGAGACAGGGGACCAUAAUUCCGACUCGUCGAAAUCAGAAACCGAAGCUGCAGCAACUGUUCAAUCAAUUUGUCGUGGCUACAAGACAAAACGUAGAUUUAAUAACACCAAUUCCAAAAAAACGUUAUCUGAAAAUGAACGCAUGAAAAAAAUAGCCCAGCUUUUGUCGGCUGAUGAAAAGAAGCUUAUUAAUAAAUCGUCCGAAUUUAACGUCACGAAAAAUUUUAAGGCUUGUGUAGAUGAUAAAAGUAAUACUUGUAAAAAAGUAAAUUUAUCUGCUGAUGAUUUACAAAAAAAUAAAGUUAAUGCGUCCCAACAACAGCAGCGAUUGGAUACUGAAGAUCUCGAUAAAAUAAAAUUGGACAUGAUGGAUACACCUCAAUCUACGUCUCAUGUAGAGAAAAUAUCAAAAUCCUAUGACGUGUCAAUAACAAACAAUCCAAUAAAUCAUAUUGAUGCAUGUAAAACAAUCGAAAUGAUCAAACCACCAAAUUUUUUAUACAAUUCUGACGAUAAAACUGGUUCAAUAUCUAUGUCAUAUAGUUCAACGGAUAUUGACGAUUUAUUUUCACCUAAAAGUCAUAAAAAUUUAACAAUUAUAAAAGCAGAUAUUUAUUCAGACCAUUCAUUAUUUUUUAAUGAUUGUGAAGCUGUUUUAGUUUUGGGUGGAAUCGAUCCACAUGAGGAGUACGGGGCAGCCGGUAAUACUGGUAAAAAUAUUUACCGAUUUAAACCAUUGGAAAAUGCUUGGGAGUUUGUUGGAGAAAUGCCAGAACCACGACAUUAUCAUUCUGUUGUUUAUUUCAAAGGACGUCUUUAUGUUGCUGGUGGUGCUGAUCCUCGUGAACAUACACUUCAAAGGAAAAAUUUAGCUGUCAGAACUGUUUGGAGUUAUGAUCCUGCCAGCAGAAAAUGGUUCACUGAACCGGCAAUGCUCACUCCGAGAAAAAAUUUCGGGCUUGUUGUAUGCGGCGGGAAAAUUUUUGCUAUCGGCGGUGAAGAUAAUAGUGGAGUAACUUUGAAAAGCGUGGAAGCUUUUGAUCCAGCAAAAAAAAUAUGGAGAAAGAUGGAAGCUAUGCAUACAGCGCGUGUAGGAUUAGCAACCGCGGUAUUCAAAAAUUUAAUUUGGGUCGCUGGUGGCAUAACUAAAUCACACAAAGACCCAUUAUCAAAAGAAGUUGAGUGUUACGAUCCACGAAAAAAUUCUUGGUCUAAAAUCGAAUGUCUACCAACGGCGAGAUGCUACGCAUAUUUGUUCGUUAUGUCCGAUAAUUUAUGGAUAAUCGGCGGAGCAGAAAAGCCGUCAGCACAUGGCAGUAUGACAGAAAGUAUCGAAACUGUUGAUAUUUGGGAUCAUAAUUCUCGAAGUUGGCGUCCAUUAACCAAAAUGGCGACCGCAAGACACAGCCACUCAGUCAGUUCAAUAGAUAAUCAAUUGCUUGUUAUUGGAGGCGUUACAACAGUUGAUAUGAAAACAUUGAAGUCCGUUGAGUGUUUUUGUUGUAAGCGUAACAAGUGGAUCAAAGGUGUGGCUUCAUUACCUUAUCCCAUUUCGGGUCAUUCUAGUGUUUCUUUACCUCCUUUGCAUUAUUUUUAUAAUUCUUAAA